AUGGUUAUGACUCUGGGUUACUGGGACAUCCGCCGGCUGGCUCAUGCCAUCCGCCUGAUCCUGGAAUACACAGAUUCAAAGUAUGAAGAAAAGAAGUACAAGUUGGGGGACGCUUCUGACCAUGACAGAAGCCAGUGGCAGAAUGAAAAAUUCAAGGUGGGCCUGGACUUUCCUAAUCUGCCCUACCUCCUGGAUGGGGCUCACAAGAUCACGCAGAGCAAAGCCAUCACGCGCUACCUUGCCCGCAAACACAACCUGUGUGGAGAGACAGAAGAGGAAAAGAUCCGAGUGGACAUCUUGGAGAAUCAGGUUACGGACACCCGCCUGGAACUGAUCAGAGUGUGCUACAGCCUUGAUUUUGAGAAGCUGAAGCCACCAUACCUGGAGGGGCUGCCUGAAAAGAUGAAGCUCUACUCGCAGUUCCUGGGGAAUCGACUGUGGUUUUCAGGGGACAAGAUCACCUUCGUCGACUUCCUUGCUUAUGACGUCCUUGACGUGAACCGGAUCUUUGAGCCCAAGUGCCUGGAUGCCUUCCCAAACCUGAAGGCCUUCAUGGCCCGCUUUGAGGGCCUGGAUAAGAUUUCUGCCUACAUGAAGUCCAGCAAGUUCCUCCCACGACCUCUUUUUGGAAAAAAGGCCCUAUGGGGCAAUAAUUAG